GAGACUCCGGUUUUUUUAGGCAGGUUCGCCAGCUUUCGCCGAGGUGGUUUGCGGAGAAGUGAGCUUGCAGACUUUCGUGGGGCCAGUGCCACGUAUUCGCUGCAGUCCAGAGGGAAGAAAUCAGCGUCGGAUAUAAGAACGAAUGCCAGAGAAGAACAAUUUAGAAGAUCAAGAUGUUGAUGAACUUUAGGAUAUUUACAGUGAAUCAUCAGAAAAUAUCCAGUUUGCACAUGAAUAAUAUGUGCUGCUGUAAAAUAAUAGCAAGUUUAAAAAGAUUAAAGCCAAAUAUACCUGUUGGAAGAAAUUAUGGUUCCUUACCAGGAUUAAUAGAAAAUGAUAUCAAAUCCCUUCGUUCCAUCAUCAAUCCUCCUAUAGCUAAAAUCCGUAAUAUUGGAAUUAUGGCUCAUAUAGAUGCCGGCAAAACUACCACUACUGAAAGAAUAUUAUACUAUUCUGGAUACACACGAUCACUAGGAGAUGUUGAUGAUGGAGACACGGUGACAGAUUUCAUGGCUCAAGAACGAGAAAGAGGCAUUACUAUUCAAUCAGCUGCUGUUACUUUUGAUUGGAAAGGGUAUAGAAUCAACCUAAUUGAUACACCAGGUCAUGUUGACUUCACCUUGGAGGUUGAGCGCUGCCUAAGAGUUUUGGAUGGUGCAGUGGCUGUAUUUGAUGCCUCUGCUGGUGUAGAGGCCCAAACUCUCACGGUAUGGAGGCAAGCUGAUAAACACAAGAUACCUCGAAUCUGUUUUUUAAACAAGAUGGACAAAACUGGAGCAAGUUUUAACUACUCAGUUGAAACCAUCAGAGAGAAGUUGAAGGCAAAGCCUUUGCUUUUACAGUUACCAAUUGGUGAAGCCAAAACUUUCAGAGGAGUAGUGGAUGUAGUAAGUAAAGAAAAACUUAUUUGGAAUCCCAAUUCAGAUGAUGGAAAAGAUUUUGAGAGAAAACCCCUCUUGGAAAUGAACGAUCCUGAAUUGCUGAAGAAGACAAUUGAAGCAAGGAAUACCUUAAUUGAACAAGUUGCAGAUUUGGAUGAUGAAUUUGCUGGCUUCGUUUUAGAAGAAUUUAGUGAAAAUUUUGAUUCACUACCAGCUGAAAAGCUACAGACUGCAAUACACAGAGUCACACUGGCUCAGACAGCAGUGCCUGUACUUUGUGGAAGUGCUCUGAAAAACAAGGGUGUACAGCCAUUAUUAGAUGCUAUUACUAUGUACUUGCCUUCACCUGAAGAGCGCAACUAUGAAUUUCUGCAGUGGUAUAAGGAUGACUUAUGUGCACUGGCAUUUAAAGUUCUCCAUGACAAGCAGCGAGGACCACUGGUUUUUAUGCGCAUUUACUCAGGCACAAUAAAAUCCCAAUUGGCUAUCCAUAAUAUUAAUGGAAACUGCACGGAGAGAAUAAGUCGUCUGCUUUUACCCUUUGCUGACCAACAUAUAGAAAUCCCUUCACUGACUGCUGGUAACAUUGCUUUGACUGUUGGACUUAAACGUACUGUCACUGGGGACACCAUUGUCUCAUCAAAAUCCAGUGCAUUAGCUGCAGCACGGCGAGCCAAGCGGGAGGGAGAAAAGGAUAGAAAAAACCGUGAAGUGGAGACACUUUUAUUGGCUGGAGUAGAAGUUCCAGAACCUGUUUUCUUCUGUACGAUAGAGCCCCCAUCAGUGGCCAAGCAGCCAGAUUUGGAUCAUGCAUUGAAAUGUCUUCAACGUGAAGAUCCCAGUUUGAAAGUGAGACUAGAUCCUGACUCUGGACAAACUGUUCUAUGUGGGAUGGGGGAGUUACAUAUUGAGAUUAUUCAUGACCGAAUCAAGAGGGAAUAUGGACUGGACACCUAUCUAGGGCCUCUCCAGGUGGCGUACCGAGAGACCAUCCUAAGUGCAGUUCGUGUCACAGAUACCUUAGAUAAAACAUUAGGAGACAAACGGCAUCUCGUGACUGUAGACCUGGAAGUAAAGCCAACUCAGUCAUCAUCUGUUACGCCAGUGAUUGAGUAUGCUGAGGAUAUUAGUGAAGAUAUUUUGAAGACCUCCCAGGAGGCCAUUGAAAAUGGAAUUCACAUGGCAUGCCUUCAAGGUCCACUGCUUGGAUCCCCAGUUCAAGAUGUGACAGUUACUUUACAUUCACUGAUAACUCAUCCUGGUACUUCCACAACUAUGAUUUCUGCCUGUGUCUCAAGAUGUAUACAAAAGGCUCUAAAGAAAGCUGAUAAGCAAGUUUUAGAGCCUCUGAUGAACCUUGAGGUCACUGUAACUAGAGAGUACCUCAGCCCUGUCCUGGCAGAUCUGGCGCAAAGAAGAGGAAACAUCCAAGAAAUUCAGACUCGCCAGGAUAACAGAGUUGUCAUUGGAUUUGUUCCCUUAGCAGAAAUUAUGGGUUACUCAACUGUGCUUCGAACACUAACAUCAGGCUCAGCUACUUUUGCCUUAGAAUUAUCUACUUAUCAAGCUAUGAAUCCUCAAGAUCAGCGUACACUGCUCAACCAGAGAAGUGGUUCAACCAAAGUGUUUUAGCCCAUUGGAAAUUAAGAGAAAAUCAGGAGCAUCUCCCUGCUGUCCUCAUUUUCAGAAGGAACAAUUUUUUUUGGACAAAUCAAUUACUGUUUCAGCAGAUGUAACAGGAAAACUGGUAAUGGCACUGGAGCUGUUCAUGAUAAUUUAUACAAUGACAUAUGCACUUCGAUAUUUAUAGUAAAUGUUCCUCAAUGGUGAUGUUCAUCUAUGAAGUUAGAAUUGUUAAUAGUAGAGACUCAACCCUUUGUGAUAUAUUGAGUAGCAGUAGAUAGGUCUUAUUUUUGUUUUUUAAGCUUCUCUCACAAGAAAGAUACCAGUCUUUUAUGUGAACCUGUGUCUUAUUUUAUAUUAUAAUCAAUAAAAAGAUAUACUUUAUUCAAAAAACAAUGUAGCAAAUUUUGAUUCACAUGAUUUCCAAAUCAGUUGAUUGUGGUACAGAUUGCUCAGGCCUUUUCCGCCCAUUGUUAUAUUUUGUUCUCAUUCUCACAAUAUCCAGUAAAAAGAGGUUCUGCAGCUAUUCCACGUCUGUUGACAGAUAGCAUAAAGAGAUGUUUUAGACUGAUAUAACACCUAUAUAUUUUUAAAGAACUUAUAGUUUAAACUAGAAUCAUUUAAGUCACAGUAUUAAUAUGAAAAAAUGGAAAAAACCAUUCACUGUUGUUAAAGUGAUUCAGGAUGGAGUUGUAAGUUACACCAAAAUUUUACAUAUCUAUAAAACAUUUCUAAGUGCAAAUAUAUAUCUUCUUACAGGUAUUAUUGUCUUACCUACAAGAAAUAAUUCCCACUUUUCCCUAAUUAAAUCACAACUUAUUUGGUAGCAAAGACAAAACAAAACCAAACAAAAAGUUAGCUAAUACUGAAUAAGAAAGCAUCAUAAUCUUGAAAAAUGUUUGCCAUACCUGACCAUUCUGCAGCGGUGCCUUGUUAGUCUGUCAUAGGCCCCACUCAUACUUCUGACAUUUUUUUGACUCCAGAGUCUUUCACCAACAGCACUUGCCCGAGGCCUAAAAUACAAACCACAUAUCCACCUAAGCAGCUGAAAUUCAUGUUUUCUUUUCUUUAAGACUUAUUUAUUUAUUUGAAAGGCAGAGUUAGAGAGAGAAGUCUUCUAGCAGAGAAGUCUGCUGGUUCACUCCCCAGAUGACUGCAAUGGCAAUGGUUAGGGCUGGGCCAGGCCAAAGCUAGGAGCCCAGAACUCUAUAUGGAUCUCCCGCAAGGGUACCAGGGGCCCAGACACUUGGGGCCAUCUUCCUCUGCCUUCCCAGGUACAUUAGUGAGGAGCUGGAUCGGAAGCAGGGCAGCUGGGAUUCAAACGGGUGCUGAUAUAGGAUGCCAGCAUCACAGGAGGUGGCUUAACGUGCUGCACCACAACACCAGCCCCUACAUUCAUAUUUUCUCAAGUAAAUAUACAAAACUUUUAUUGCUUGGGGAAACUCCUAGAGCUUCCUACUUAGAUGGAGAAGGAAAGCUAAGGCAUCAUAAUUCUUAACCCAAAUGUUAACAAUUAAAUUUCAUACCAUAAUCUUGGAGUAAGGUUGGUUGCAUCCACAUACUCUCCCCAUAGGCAAGCUUCUCCACCAAUUAGCAGGUUUUUCUGUUGCUGAGAAGCUACAUUAGAAUCAUUGAAUUAGUAAAGUUAAGCAGUUCAAGGCUUAUAUACAGAGGCGGUUUCUUCUGUCUUUAUUUAUGACACCACUUUCUUCCUACAGUCAGUAGGACCUUGAGAGAUAUUUGUAUUUGUGACAUAAAAAUACUGGUAAAUUUUAUUCCCACUUCUGAUCUAUGGUUUACAGUGCUUGUAACCAUGCAUGGACUAAUGUGAGCCAACAUUAAACAAAGAUACUGUUUUAUGCAAAUUUAUUUGAACACUAGGAAACCACUUUUCCCCCGGUUGCCCAGGAGAUGCCCAGAAAUACAAGCUGGAAUUCUAGUUUUUGUUUUCUUUUUAAUGGAGUGUGACCACCAUGCAUUCCUUCAGUUUCUACCUCUUGAAAGAGAAAUAAAAGGUAUUGAUUACCUAAUGCUUUUUUUAACAGUAAGUAUGGCUUUUUGAUGCUCAUAAAAUGUUUUCUAAAAGUUAAAUCAAUUCCUAAUAGACAUAUAAUUCUGAAAAACUUUUUACAGCAAAUCCUUUCUCUGAGUAAAUUUUAUACUACAGUCUGAUAUACAGAACCAGACAGAGUAGAACUGUUCAUGAAAGGAUCUAAGAGAAUGAAGCUCCACCACCCAGACACCCCUCCCAGUGACUCCAUACCCCCAAGGAUGCCUACUCCUCAGAACCCCAACAGCACACACAUACUGAAGUCAACCCCAGCUUUGCUCAGGUGUUUUGCACUGGAGAGGCAGUUCAGAAGAGGUUACACGAGCAGUCAGAUGUCUCAUAUGUAGAGAGUGAGUGAUUAGACUCAUCAAUGAAAAUGGAGAUAAAAAUUUAAGGGGAGCUACUUAUAAAGUUAUUUAGGCAAGUAUAUGAUUUCUUUCACAGAGUUUAAAAUGAGAUGACAUUGAGGGGUUUUUUUUUGUUGUUUUAAAUCAAGGAUAAAACAUAAAAGUAAGUAAAGUAGGUAAUAUCAGGUUAAUUACCAGGAAAGUUAAGAGGUUCCACUUGAUAGUAUGUUCUCCAGUCUUGUCCAUAACUAAUCACAUCUAAGUACCAAGGAGCAGAAAGGAUUACAGGGAAGCCAGCAUCUGUGAUUUGACUUACUUCUUUAUUGUACAUAUCUUCUUUCCACACUUGAACUACUGUGCCUGGUUGAAGCUAUUAAAGACACAAA